AUGUCUGGACAUCGUACUACAGACCCGGCGAUGCAGCCCAUCGUCCUGUCUAUGGAAGUAGACGAUGAAGAUUCCUGUGAAAGCGAAUAUCGACUGCGAAUCGGAAACCAAGUAAAGUAUCUUGUCAUAGCGCCUAAGACCUUUGACAGAGACACGCUUUCGUUCCCUCUCGGAUCCCUACCCCGUCUUCCUUGCAACGAGGAAUGGACCGUGGCUCACAUCUCACGAGACACACCCAGCGGCGACUUGAAAACUUGCAUCUCCAACCGAACAUUGGCUGGCGUGAAGAGUCAGUGGCAUCAGACCAGGGUGGACUGCCUAGAGCUAGACAAGACCAAGCAGCUCACGGCAAUGGCUUUCGAAGCCGUCUCACAUUCUAUCCUCCCAUCGUCAUCCACCGUCAUCGCCAAGAUAGCCCGGUUUGAAUGGAAGAUGCCUCGUAUCGAGCAGGAAACGAGAGCAUAUCAGCUGCUUGAGGGUUCCGGAUUGGCCCCGCGUUUCCUCGCCCAUGUCCACGAGUGUGGACGCGUCAUAGGCUUUCUAUUGGAGAAGAUUCAAGGACGUUCUGCUUCUUUGCACGAUCUGACCGCCUGCGAAGCGGCUCUAGGGGAACUUCACAAGCGAGACUUUCUGCAUGGGGAUGUGAACCGAUACAACUUUCUCGUCACGGAGGAUGGGGUCAAACUACUCGACUUUGAAAACUUUGUGGAAAAUGCUAGCCCGGAGCCGAUGAACAAGGAAUUGAAGAGCUUGCGUGACGAAUUGCUUGGCGAGUCAGGACGCGGCGGAGGAUUCAUUUUCCAUGACGAUGGCAACUGA